AUGUUCCGGGCUGCUGGUAGGCUUUCGUCGAUAGGAAAACAGAGUUUGGUAUGUUUUCUGCCUUCUAGAAUGAAAACUACCUUUUCAAAAAAUUUCAGGGCCUCUUUCGAUAUUUUUAUUCUCAUCAUCUUCUUUUUCAGAAAACUCAGUCUCGCAAUUUGAAUUUACAAGAGUUUCAAAGCAAAGAGUUGCUGUCGAAGCACGGAUGCAGUGUUCAGAAUUUCGUUGUCGCUUCGAAUCGGAAAGAGGCAGAACAAAAAUGGCAGUCUUUCGGUAUUUUUCACUGAUGAAAUAUCUUAAGCUUCGCGCGUUAUAGGAGAUCACGAAUAUGUGGUGAAAGCUCAAAUUCUUGCUGGUGGUCGAGGAAAAGGUCACUUCAAGGGCGGAAAAAAAGGCUUCGGAGGAGUUUACAUCACAAUGGAGUAUAUUCUAUUCUUGAAGAAGGAUGUAUUUCCGGAUUUCAGAAAGGACAAAGCACUUCAAGCGAUUGAUGAUAUGAUUGGAAAGCGUCUGGUCACUAAACAAACCACGGAAGAAGGAGUUCGUGUCGACAAAGUAGGUAUUUUUUCCUAAAGGAUUUGCUCAAAAAAGUACGAAUUUGAUCAAAAUAUUUUUUAAGGUGAUGAUUGCGGAAGGCGUGGCGAUCGCUCGGGAGACUUAUUUGGCCGUCUUGAUGGACCGCGAAUCGAAUGGCCCUGUCGUCGUGGCUUCUCCCGCGGGUGGCAUGGAAAUCGAGGCAGUCGCCGAGAAAACUCCCGACCUCAUUUUCAAGGUUCUCUUUACUGAAAGGCUCCAGCAUUAGCAUUCGGUCAUUUUCUCAUAAAUUUUUCAAAAAAAUCUGUGUAAUUUUUUUAUUUAUUUUACUUGUGUCUUUUUGUCCUCUUUUUUUAACUCAAAUGACUCACUUCAAAUCGACUUUUCCAUUCAUUUCACAAAACUUUUAUAAUUUUUCAAACAUAAAAAUCGGAGAAUUUCGUAAGGGAUAUCUACGCCACAGGCUGCUUGUAAACAAGCUGAUCGCAAAUAUUGCUUUCCUAACUUUUAUUUUUUCAAAAGGGCGCAAAAAAGGCGAUGAAGAGAGUUCCAAGUUUCUUUUGCUUUCAAAGCGGAGUUUAGGAAUUUUCUCAUUGAUCUCGGUGAAUUUAUAUCAGUUCAGAAACCUAUCUUAUUUCUGAAAUCAAGUUACCUAUUUUCGAGGGCUCGAAAAUGUACAUUCCUUUUUUUAAAUUAUUGAAAAAUUUCAAGGAGAAAUUUUUUUCCUUUUUUUCGCUAAAAAAAGGUCCUUUCGUAUUUAUUACUUCUCUUCUUUGCAGGAACCUAUUGAUAUCGAGAAAGGAAUGUCAGAAGAACAAGCAAAAAAGAUCGCCAGAAACUUGAACUUCAGAGAAACACUUGUUGACAAAGUUUCUAUAACGCAUCUCCAACUUUUCAAAUCGCUUUCCUUCAGGCUGCCGAAGAAAUUAAACGUCUCUACAAAUUGUUCAUUAAUGUCGAUGCCACGCAAGUGGAGAUCAAUCCGUUUGUUGAGACAAAAGACGGACGCGGUCAGUUUUUUUUUCCAUCCGGAAAUAACUUUGGUUCCAUUCUCCCACUUCUUUCUACAGAUUGAUUUUUACGGCUGAAAAUCAAAACAACUGAAAUAAACAGUUUAUAUCUCAUUUCUUAUUUUUUCUUCAUUUUUCAGUUUUUUGUGUCGACGCCAAGAUGAACUUUGAUGACAGCGCGGCAUUUCGACAAAAGGAAGUUUUCUCACUGGAAAAUUUUGAAGAGCAGGUAAUAUAGAAUCAAAUUUCGAACAAGUAAAGUUGAUAGAUCCCAGAAGAAGGUCAGUUCGAGUGUUUUCAGGAUGCCCGGGAAGUGGAAGCUCACAAGUUCCACCUGAACUACAUCGGAAUGGACGGCAACAUCGCCUGUCUGGGUGAAUAUUUCGGUGAAUGACUGGCUUAUGAGCAAGUUCAGUGAAUGGGGCCGGCCUGGCGAUGGCCACCAUGGAUCUGAUCAAGUUGCAUGGCGGCGAACCCGCCAAUUUCCUCGACGUCGGCGGCGCCGUCACUGAGGACGCAGUCUUCAACGCCGUCCGAAUCAUCACCUCCGACCCCAAGGUUCAUUCUUUUCUCGGGGCACAUGGGAGCUCUUGAGAAACAGCCAUUUAUGGAAGUUUUAAGAUUUUUUUUUUAAUACACUUUUUUCCUAUUUCGCUGUCAAAGUCGUUUCUUAUCAAUUAUUUAGGACUGAGCUUCGAAUUAAAACACAAAUGAAAAAAGUUAGAGAAUUUUUCGUUAGGAAAUGAACUUUCAGAAAAAAAUUUUGCAGAUUUUGCAGAGAAAUUUUUACGGAAACUAGAUAUUAAUUAUCUCAAUUCGUCGCGAUAUGUUUUUAUAAGAACCUCUGCUUUGUAAUUUUGGCAAAGCCUCAAUUUUUUUCUCAGUCUGCUUUCAUUCCAAUUUCCACGAAUUGAAAUUUUUUUCCAAAAAGAUUAAUUUAAGAUUUCUUAAUUUCUCACGAAGUGAAAAGUUUAGAACAGUUCGCCCGUUAGAGCAAGUCGCUUUCAAAAAAGUAUUUCGAAUUUUUCAGAAGUGUUCUGUUCUGUGAGGUUUUGUAUAAAUAGAUGAUGGGCGGAGGAAUUUCCGAAUGCUCAAUGAGUGAUUGGGUUCAAGGUGAAAUGCGUGCUCGUCAACAUCUUCGGCGGCAUCGUCAACUGUGCGACGAUCGCCAACGGAGUCGUCGGCGCCAUCAAAAAGAUCGGUCUCAACGUUCCGCUCGUCGUUCGUCUUGAAGGUUUCGGGCUCUCUUCCCGAGACAAAUCCGUGCUCAUAUUCUUCAGGAACCAACGUCGACGAAGCCAAGAGAAUAAUGAAGGAUUCGGGGCUCCCGAUUCUCACGGCCAGUUGUUUGGACGAAGCGGCGACCAAGGCCGUCGAAUCUUUGGCCUGA